CCCAAGGAUCAUACCCAUAGGGAUGCAGAUGGUAGAGGGGGAGGCAGAGAAAACAGUGAAAUUGGAACGUGCUGGGGAAAGAGGCAGAUGUUGAGAGGAAGAGAUGGGAGAAAUGGCCCUAGCAGUCCAGCCAUCUGAGACAGGACAGCCGGAACAAGUAGCGGCUAUGUUGGGCAUGGACUGGGCUGAAGCCUAGGAGCCCCAGCUGCUAACAUCUGGGUGCAGAAUCAUGUCUGCUAACAGAGGCUGGUGGGCGCCACCCGAGGGCGAGGACAGUGUGUCUGAGAAGCUCCUGAGGAAGACGAGGGAGUCUCCGCUGGUGCCUAUAGGCUUAGGAGGCUGCCUGCUGGUGGCAGCAUACCGGAUCUACCGGCUGAAGGCUCGGGGUCCCACCAAGAUGUCCAUACACCUGAUUCACACCCGAGUGGCAGCACAGGCCUGUGCUGUGGGCGCGAUCAUGCUGGGCGCUGUGUACACGAUGUACCGAGACUACAUCAAGAAAACCGCGCAGGAUACCAGGGAGAAGUAGAAGUCCUACCGGCCCAGGGCAGUUGGACCUCGUCAAUCCUGGGUGUGCACCUAAUAAAGGAGUUCGAGGCAAC